AUAACACUACACAGCAUCACUUCUUCCUCUGACGGGAUUCUGUUCGCCAAAAAUCUUCGCUUGUGAAUAUCAUACCCCAUCUCACCUGCGAGGCCGUGAUUUCGUCGAGCAGUUGGCGCCCGCUCAAGUGUUUCAGCAGUAAUGGAAACGACGGACCGCCUUUCUGAGAUCGCAGUUGGCCACGAUCAUCCCGCAUUUAAACUUCUUCUCUCGUGUCCCUCUGGCCUUUCUCCUUCUGAGGUGUCGGCGGUGUUUGAUCAGACAUAUGAUAGGAUUCCUCAUCCGGAUGUCACUUUGGAGAAUUCUAUUUCGGAGAUAUGGGACAAGCGAGUUCAAAAAAAUCCAUCUUUAUACAAUGGACUAAAGUUCAGGUACGGUGGGCACACUUUGAGUGGCAGGGCUGAUUCCUUUCGGAAGACUGAUGUUUGCCUUCACCUUGGCUUGACAGAUUAUAGGACAUUUGUGGGAACAAACUUGAAUCCUCUGUGGGAAAGAUUCCUUAUUCCAUCUGAAGAUGAUUGGAGAAGGUGCCAACAUACCUCUAAUCCUCUUGGCAAUGGUGCAAUUGUAGAGACAUCUGACCAAGAAAUUGUGGUGCUCCAAAGAAGUACCAAUGUUGGCGAAUUUCCUCGACACUUUGUUUUCCCUGGAGGGCAUCCCGAGCCCCAAGAAGUUGGCAUAACAAGCCAUCACACUAGUGGAGAAUUAACCCAUCAGAUGGUCAACAGAAAGGUUUCUCAGGAAAUGUUUGACAGUAUUAUUCGUGAAGUAGUUGAAGAAAUUGGAGUUCCUGCUACUGCCCUAAGCAAGCCCGUCUUUAUUGGUAUAUCCCAGAGGGUGUUGAAUGUUAGGCCAACAGCGUUCUUCUUCAUCAAAUGCAGUCUUCAGUCAAAGGAGAUCCAACAGCUCUAUGGCAGUGCUCAAGAUGGCUAUGAAUCAACCCAGCUUUAUACUAUGUCAAUGGUGUGCGUGCAGAUUACAGUAGAUCUGAUAAAUUGGGUAAAGAAAAGCAACUCAGGCCAACUCCUGAUCCGGUGUUUGGCCCUGGAACUCCUUUUGCUGGAAAUCACCAUCUUUCAAGAGUGACGUGGCUGUGGCUACAUCUAAAAUGCCUGGAUGUCACCAAGGAGGAUUUGCACUCUAUAAGUUGAUGGUAGACGCUAUGAAUGAAGACUGAGAUAGACGCUAUGAAUGAAGACUGAGAGAUUCAGCGCUGCCAAAUCAAGAUUCCUGCACUUUGUUUUGGGCACGGUUGGUUCAGUUUCUUCCACAUUGUGCCAGGUAAUGACAAUGUUUUUCACAUUAAUGAAGAAGCUGACUACUCAUGUUGGAUUCACCUGCUUGGCCCUACUAUUGCCUUUUUAACAUCCUUACAUCGACCUAUUAAGGUAUUGCGUGGCUGUAAGUGACAAUUUGAGGUACUUCCCUUUUUCUGGGUUGUAUUAGUCAUAUAAUCAGCUAUUCUUAAUUUCUCAAAAUUAAGGACUGUAUUAACUCUGGCUGGCUGUUAGUGAGUAAAAGUGAGGCCUUUGAUGUUCAAUCCAAGGGCUCAGAUUCGUUUA